AUGUGUUGGAAUCAUGACAUUAAUGCUGUCAACGUUCUUGAUUUUUCGAGUCCUUCCCUUAAAAAGCUGAUACUAACAUUAUAUAGGAGAUUUGAAAAUGUUACUAUUAUUGUGACGUCAAAUAGCCUUCAAAGUCUGGACUAUUUUUGGCGUUCUAAUGGUUUUGCGAAAUUGACAAUAAAUACGCCGAACCUUAAAUAUUUGGCUAUCAGUGGACCUGAUCUAACUAGGCUGACUGUCGUCGGGAGCCUAUAUAGUGUUGUUGCAGUUGAAAUAGAACUUGAAGUUGAAUCAGACCAAAUUCCAAAUGGUAAGGAUCUAACUGAGCUUCUUCGUCGGGUGAAAAAUGUGCAAUCAAUUCGUGCAUCGGUUGAUACCCUACAGGCUUUACAUAGUUUCCCACAUUUGUUGCCGACAUUUGAGGAUUUAUUAAAUCUGAAGAUCAAUGGCCACCGAAGGGACGACGGUCUGGCUUGGAAAGCAUUGCCAUCUGUACUCAAAAAUGCCCCCAAUCUUGAAGUGCUUGUUUUGGAAAACAUCUUUUGGUCCGACGAAGAAGUUAAGUGUCCUGUCAAAGAUAUAUUUCCCGCGGGCUUAAUUGAAAAUCUAAAGGAGAUAGAGUUAAAAGAUUACUGUAGAGACGAUUUUUCAACUCGAACUGAUUGA